AUGAGUUCCCAAAGGCUGAAUUCCACCUUUCUGAAAGUCAGGAGACUUUCAUUACUUUCCAGUAAUGAAAGAUUACUUGGACAAACCUCUGGACUGGCCACAGGGUCGAGGUUGGUAACCCAGGGGGUUAAUGACCUCAAGGUCAUCCCAGGAAGUAGACCAGAUCUGGGUGCUGAUCAGCCACAGCACAGUCUGGUGGAGCUGCCUAGCACUGCUCCUGGCAAGAGGAAACCAUGUCAUCUCCCACGCCUUAUAAGCAGUGCUGGCAAGGGCCAUGCCCCUGACCCUAAUCCAAACUUGUCGAUAGUGUCCAAAAGAAUCUUUCUGGGCGAAUCUGUGGUGGAAGGCCCCGAGGACAGGCAGACAGUUGUUGGACCCAGUGGCUUGCCAAAGAAUAGCCCCAAAGCAACAGCAGGGGAGGCCCAAGGGAAGAAGAGGACAAUGGAGUUGCUUAACAAGGCUAGAAAGCAAACAGAAAAAUCCCCAAAUCUAAGAGACAUCAGACAGCUCCUGAAGCAAGAGGUGUUUAUGAACAACACACACCCAUGCAAGAAACAUCUAAAACAGCAACCAACAAGCCUUGAGGAGUGGAGGAGGGGUUGUCUAGGGGGAGACAAGACAGGACUCAUCCAGUCACAAGAACCUUUUGGGUGCUGUGAACGUCUUGCCCUUGAAGAAAACACCUUUUUGAAGGGAAAGAAGGCACAGUCGCAACUGUUGGAAGUAACUUCCCUGCAGGCAGAAGCCAACCCCGAGCUCCUCAGGAGGAGGAGGAGGAUGCAGGCUUUGGAGAUGAUUGCCAAAACGCAUGACAGAGGAUUCAGCCUAGAAAAGGCAGUCUUCCUAAGCAGAGAGAAAGUAAAACCAUCUUCUCAGGACAUUGAUCAGAGCCCUCCUGAAAGAAACAACAAUAAACCUAAGUGGAGGCCAAAGGUGGAAGACUGGGACCACACAGUCCAGGGAACUCCAGUGGUGCUUACAGUUCGGGACCAUAGUUAUGAUUCACGGGCUCAGAACCAAUGGGGCUGUGAUGAAAUAUUUCAUUCCAGAGAUGGGCGAUGUACUUAAGUGAACAGAGGAGGAGCCUAGAGAGAGUAGACACUUUCUCUGCAU